UGUCUACUAUACCCUGCUGUUGUUUACGUCUUCUCUCUGUACAAAAACAUCUUUUUAUUACUUCUUUCCGACCUACUCCUAAAAAUUGUGGUCCUUUUGUCUGUAAUAAGUUGACGCAAUCAAGAUAUUGCAAUGAGACACUAACAAGCUCAUAUCAUAAGUGACGAUAUAAACCUUCCCUGUUCCUACGCCAACAGUAUAUAGUUGUUUCAAAACUACGUAGUUUUAGUUCGAGUUCGAGGUUGUGUAAUAAUGAGGGACGAGGAAGUAAGUUCCCAGACUUGUGGAGUAAUUGGUAAAUGUUGCUCGCGAUGGAGAUUAUGGAUUCGACCAGUGGUCAUGUGUCUGUACUUUGUUGUCAUCGUUGUUGUCCUUCCUCUUCUCAUUCUGACUUUGGGGAAGAGCAAGUAUACAAUCAAAUUUGAAGUAUGGAUUAUUGGAGGGCUUUUUACCAUAAUGGCAGUUCCUAUAAGUUUAUGGGACAUAACACAACAUUUAGUUCAUUACAACAAGCCGCACAUGCAAAAAUACAUAAUCAGAAUUUUAUGGAUGGUGCCUAUUUAUGCUCUUAAUGCUUGGGUUGGAUUGUCAUUUCCCGACUAUGCCAUUUAUUUGGACUCGUGUAGAGAAUGUUAUGAAGCUUAUGUAAUUUAUAAUUUCAUGAUGUUUCUUCUGACAUACUUGAAACAAGAAGUACAUGAAGAUGCCGAAUUAAGAGAUACCAAGACACACAUACAUCACAUCUUUCCUUUGUGCUGUCUGAAGCCCUGGCCAAUGGGAAGUGAAUUGAUUCAUAGAUGCAAACAUGGUAUUCUUCAGUACACAAUUGUUCGCCCUCUUUCUGCAUUUAUUUCCGUAAUAUGUGAGAUUAAUGGUGUCUACGCUGAGGGAAAAUUUCUGACGAAUGUGGCUUACCCUUACAUGAUUGCGAUCAACAAUCUUUCCCAAUUCGUCGCGAUGUACCACCUGAUUCUCUUCUACCGAGCACAUCGAGAAGCCUUACAGCCGAUGAGUCCUAUCGGGAAAUUCUUGUGCAUCAAAGCUGUCGUUUUCUUCUCUUUUUUCCAAGGAGUUAUAAUAGCGAUUCUAUUUUACACUGGAGCCAUAAAUAAACUGUUGCCAUCCGGCAGUGUACCAAGUGAGCAUGCCCCACAAGAAAUCCAGAACUUUCUGAUCUGCAUCGAGAUGUUUUUGGCGGCUGUGGCUCACCAUUUCUCCUUCUCUUACCGGCCCUACGUGGAUUUAGCUCAAGAUCAACACGGCUGCUGUUUUGCCUUCCUUCAUAUGUGGGACGUGUCGGACGUACGUCGGGAUGUCGCGGAACAUAUUCACGUAAUCCGUGCAUCAGUGCGGCGCCGAGUUGCUGGAAGGCCGCCCCGUCACGCAACCAAGGAUGAGGAGAAGCGAGCCCUGCUCGUACCCGUAGCCUCUCAAAACAACUUAAUGCAUUCCCCAGUGGCACCCAACGGUGGCUACCAAACCAUGUCCAGCGACAGCAUGUACAGCGACAGCGAGCACGAAGGUAUCAGUGCCGGGAUUAGAGCCCUCAAACGUUCUACAUCUACUUCUACCGUACCGACCAGCGCCGAACGAAUCACUGUCCAAGUGGACGUGGAGCGUUCGGUCGAAGUCGUCGCAGAUUUCGUUCACCUCGAUGAUGAUCCGUCGAUAUUGGCCUAGUAAAACUUGAUUUCCAAUAUUACUGUUCCAACUAGUUGCCCAGAUUUUGCAUGUAUAUUUUGAUGAAGCGUCUUAUAGUCAAAAUGUGUCACAUAUAUUUCGUCGUUGUAUGCCCCGUUUUCCCUGAGAAAAACAAGCGCCGUGCCUUCUUCCAUCCCGUCAGCCACGUCACCCGUCGUUUGCUGCUCUUAACAUGUCGAGGUUGUUUUAAAAAGAAAAUCUAGUCAAGUUCAUCACACGACGUGUAUGCGAUCCCGAACUAGAUAGAUGUGUAACGAUGCCACGAUUGAAUCAGUGUCAUGUGUACGAUGAUUCCGAAAACCCCCCGCCCACUGUUUCGUUGACUUUGAUUGCGCAUUGUUUCCCUUCAGAGAGAAUGAGAAAGACAUCGCUAGAGAGAAACACACACUACUGUAUAAUUGCACCAGAUUGCUCUCAAGGUUUCUCGUGCACUUCGUAUACUUACAUUCUGAACCGAUUCAUUACAUUUACAUAUAUAUAUUAUA